GCAAGUAGCCUUUUUUGUAUGUUCUUUUUUUUUUAGUAUGAAUCAAAUAAGCUUUGUAGACGCCGAACUUGUUCCUCAAAAAUAUUUCUAGAAAAACAUCGUAAAAUGGCUUCAUAUUUUGUCGUCAAUUGAAUUAACACAUUUCCUUAUUACAUAAGUUAGUGGUUGAGAGACAAAUUUAAAGGAUAACUCUUUUAUGGCUUCUUCUUCUUCUCAUCCUAGGAGAUACCAUGUGUUCCCUAGCUUCUGCGGGGAAGAUGUACGUAGGAACUUUCUAAGUCACUUUCACAAGGAGCUGCAACUCAACGGAAUAGAUGCAUUUAAAGAUGGUGGAAUCAAGAGAAGUCGGUCCAUAUGGCCUGAGCUUAAACAAGCUAUAUGGGAAUCAAGAGUUUCCAUUGUUGUUCUCUCCAAGAACUACGGUGGUUCGAGCUGGUGCUUGGACGAGUUGGUAGAGAUCAUGGAGUGCAAGGAAGUUUCUGGACAAACAGUGAUGCCGAUUUUCUAUGGUGUGGAUCCAACUGAUGUAAGAAAACAGUCUGGAGAUUUCGGAAAGUCUUUUGACACGAUUUGUCAUGUGAGAACAGAGGAAGAGAGGCAGAGAUGGAAGCAAGCUUUAACCAGUGUUGCUAGUAUCGCCGGCGACUGUUCUUCAAAAUGGGACAAUGAUGCGGUGAUGAUUGAAAGGAUUGUCACCAAUGUUUUGCAAGAGCUGAAUUGGUGUACACCCUCAAAGGAUUUCAAAGAUCUAGUUGGAUUGGAAGCUCAUGUCUCAAACUUGAACUCAAUGUUAUGCCUGGACUCUAAUGAAGUGAAGAUAAUAGGUAUUUGGGGUCCAGCAGGAAUCGGUAAGACCACCAUCGCGAGAGCUUUAUACAAUCAACUUUCUUCUAGUGGUGAUGACUUUCAGUUGAAUCUUUUCAUGGAGAAUGUUAAGGGGGUUCAAAGGAGAAACGAACUCCAUGGUUACAGUUUGAAGUUGCAUUUACAAGAAAGGUUUCUCUCUGAAAUUUUCAACCAAAGAACCAAGAUAAGCCAUUUAGGUGUUGCGCAAGAAAGGCUAAAAAAUCAGAAAGCUUUGGUUGUUCUUGACGAUGUUGAUGGAUUAGAGCAGCUAAAUGCAUUAAUAGAUACAACUGAAUGGUUUGGUUAUGGAACCAGGAUCAUUGUCACUACAGAAGAUAGACAGCUUUUGAAGGCUCAUGGGAUUAACCAAGUCUAUGAAGUUGGUUAUCCAUCUCAAGGUGAAGCCUUCAAGAUCUUGUGUAGAUAUGCUUUUGGAGAUAACUCGGCACCAAAAGGGUUUUAUGAUCUAGCGACUGAAGUUACCAAACUUGCUGGUGAUCUACCUUUAGGUCUCAGCGUUCUAGGUGCAUCUUUGCGAGGGUUGAGCAAAGAGGAGUGGAUAAACGCGAUACCACGACUUAGAACUAGUCUAAAUGGGAAAAUAGAGAAACUGUUAGGAGUGUGCUAUGAUGGGCUAGAUGAGAAAGAUAAGACUCUAUUUCUUCAUGUCGCGUGCUUGUUCAAUGGCGAGAAGGUGGAUCGUGUGAAGCAGUUGCUUGCUAAGAGUGCAUUGGAUGCAGACUUUGGACUUAAAGUCCUUGUGGACAGAUCUCUUAUACAUAUAUAUGCUGAUGGAUAUAUAGUGAUGCAUUUUUUGCUACAACAAAUGGGUAAAGAAAUCAUUCGAGGACAAUGUAUCAACGAUCCUGGAAGACGUCAGUUCCUAGUCGAUGCUCAGGAGAUCUCGGAUGUACUUGUAGAUGAAACUGGUACAAAAAAUGUUUUAGGCAUAUCCUUAGAUAUGUCCGAACUCGAUGAUGAAGUGUAUAUAAGUGUAAAAGCCUUCAAGAAAAUGACUAAUCUCCAAUUCUUGAGGCUAUACAAUCAUUUUCCAGAUGAAGCAGUCAAGUUGCAGUUACCUCACGGCUUGGAUUAUCUACCACGUAAACUAAGGUUACUACAUUGGGAUUCAUAUCCGAUAAAAUGUAUGCCCUCUAAGUUUCGUCCUGAGUUUCUUGUUGAACUUACUCUGCGAGAUAGCAAGCUUGUAAAGCUUUGGGAAGGUGUUCAGCCACUGACAAGUCUCACGUAUAUGGAUUUGAGCGCAUCCAAAAACAUCAAAGACAUUCCGAAUCUCUCAGGAGCAAUGAAUAUGGAGAAACUGUAUCUCAGGUUCUGCGAAAAUUUGGUCACAGUUUCUUCUUCUUCUCUACAAAACCUUAAUAAGCUAAAAGUCUUGGACAUGUCUUGUUGCACAAAACUGAAGGCUCUUCCGACCAAUAUCAACUUGGAAUCCCUCAGUAUCCUUAACCUGAGGGGAUGCUCGAAGUUGAAGAGGUUUCCGUGUAUUUCAACGCAGGUUCAGUUCAUGUCUCUUGGGGAAACUGCGAUAGAGAAAGUGCCUUCAUUAAUCAGGUUAUGUUCUCGUCUAGUUUCAUUGGAAAUGGCGGGAUGUAAGAACCUGAAAACAUUACCUCCUGUCCCUGCAAGUAUAGAGAUCUUGGACUUGUCCAAGACAAGAGUUGAGUUCAUAUAUGUUGAUCAUAUGCAUAUGCCUUUUAUUUGUUUAUUUGGAGAUCGUUGUUAGAAGUCCUACUUUGAGUUGGACUAUCUUGUAUGCUUUCAUACUUCAGAUUCUUUCUCAGCUUACUCAGUGUUCCAUGUUCCUCUGAGGCGUGUUGAUAUAUGGAAGACAGAUUGGAUGAUGAAUUUAUCACUGACCUUCUUGACCUA